GAAAACUACAAACACAACAACGACACUUCUAAAGAAACUUUAAACAAACUGAAACAUUGUUGUGGAAAACUUUUCAUUGGAAUAAUGGACCAAACAACGACGAAAACGACAAGAUACUCAUUGAGUAGAAUAUUGUCUUUAUUGGCAUUCCUGUUUGCUCUCGUACCAUCUGCUUUUUGUAUCUUUCUCUAUGUGAAAUACAACAAUUUGGAGACGAGAUUCGAUUUGAAAGUUAUGCCACCGCAAAGCACAUUGAUAAGAAAUAAAAGAGGCGCGAAACGAAACCAAAUGAGCGCAAUACACCUGGAUUCACAAAAUGGUUCAGAGUGGGUUUAUUUAGGAAAGAACAACAACAACGCGGAAUAUACAAAGAAACCAAGACAGAGAUUCGAAUGGCAAGACAAGCCAAAAGUUUCUACUGGAACGAGACACUUGAUUUUUAAUAAAAACGAAAAUGCUAUUCAAAUACUCAAAUCUGGAAUUUACUUCCUGUAUGCUCAAACAGAAGUAUCCGGUUUUAUUGGGUAUGCUAAAGUUCGAACAUGUUCAGUUGAAACUGUUAAAAGGAGUUCAACUAAUGACGUACAGACGCUAAUGCUAUCGCAGAGAACUCAAAAUAUAUUAGAUUCGCCAGAAGUAAGAAGACUCGAUACAGUUGGUCAUCAAGGAAUAUUUAACCUGAGCAAAGGAGAUUUGAUUUAUCUCAAACCUUUAGACGUAAGUGCUGAGUGCAAAUAUCAACUAGCAUCCGAUCGAACCUUUUUAGGUGGAUUCAAAUUAGCAUAAUUAAAGUUUGCACUAGCCAAUAUACUUGAUAGGAACAGCAACUAUUUAUGCUUAUUUGUAAAUCUAAUAAUGAAAAAAGAUGUGAUUACAAUAUUAAGCUGCUUUUGAAAGUGUAUUUAUGCUCUAUUUAUAUAUACAUAUACAAGUAUUUAACUUAUUUAUUGAUGACAUCAAUUGCACUAUAAAAUAUGAUUUAUGCUCUAGUAAUACUGCAAAUGUGUUUUUUGAUGUUGUUUUUUAAUGUUUAAUCAAGUAUUUAAUUUUUUCCUUUAAUAAA